AUGACGUCCUCAGUGCUCAUCUCUGCGCGGAUGAGGUCAACAUCGAGUACGGAAGCGGAACCGCGUCGGCGCAUCGUAUUCUCGGGUAUACAGCCCACAGGAACGCCUCACCUGGGAAACUUCCUCGGAGCGCUGCAAAAUUGGGUCAAGUUACAGCAAGAUACGAGCCCCAACGAUAUAUUGUUAUUCUCGAUAGUUGGAUGGCAUUCCUUAACGCUGCCGCAGGACCCGAAGCGGCUCAGUGUCGCGCGCCGAGAAAUGCUCGCCGCGUUAUUAGCAGUCGGGCUCGAUCCCAAAAGGUCGACAAUAUUCCAUCAAGAUGAGAAUCCGCACCACACCGAGUUGAGCUGGGUAUUCAACUGUAUCACUCCAGUGGGGAAGCUUCGUCGAAUGACCACUUGGAAGUCGCGUCUCGCCACUUCAAGAAAUGCGAAUGACGAAUCCGAAGUCGACGAAUCCAUGCUGAACACGGGCUUAUUCACGUACCCUGUGUUGCAAGCUGCCGACAUCUUGCUAUACAAGGCAACACACGUUCCUGUCGGGGAAGAUCAAAAGCAGCACAUCGAGCUGGCUCGUGACAUUGCAGAUACCUUCAAUCGUCAAUUUAGCAAGACGUUUCCUCUUCCCGAAUACGUUGCCACUACCACUCGCCGAGUUCUUUCUCUAAAGGAUCCAGCGUCCAAGAUGUCAAAGUCAUCACCGGAUGUAUCGUCUCGCAUUCUUCUAACUGAUACUGAGAAGGAGAUACGGAAGAAGAUCCGUGGUGCUGUUACUGACUCUGUCACUGGUGUCACUUACGAUCCAGUGAAUCGUCCGGGGACCUCAAACUUGCUUACUAUCCUAGCCGCUUGCACGAAUGAAGAUAUCUACGAGCUUGCAAAACGCUACGAGAUCAAAGGCCAUGGAGAUCUCAAGAAUGAUGUUGCAGAUGCUGUGGUGAAGCUUCUCGAGCAACCGAGAGCCGAGUUCGAGCGGCUUCAGGGCGAGCAGGAGUAUCUCAGCCAGGUUGCCAGAGAGGGCGCAGAGAGGGCUACAGCCUAUUCGACACUCACGAUGCAAGAAGUCAGGAAGUCUGUAGGCCUCACAUAGCCAAGAUCUAGCACGUUCACACUCGGCAUGGCCAGAGUUGUUUUGCCGUGGCAGAUAUCGAUUGCGAUUACACCCUACGCAACCAAUCUAAAUAUUUACAAGUUAACGAGGUGGAAAGCGCACUUCCGG